AAAAUUUUCGGAGCAGUCGGAGCUCGGAGUGCAGUGUGUCGUGCACUUCGGUAUUAAUAAAAAUAUAACAAGAUAUUUAUUGUAAUAUAUUUUAUUGUAAUACGUAUUGUAUUACAAAAUACAUGAUGUUGCGUUAUAUUGUGACUUAUUCGAGAAAACGUUUGACGUACAGAAUGUAAUAGUUCGAUAGCACAUAUAACAUAACCAAAAGUAACGGGGAGCACCGAGGCAAAAUAAACGGAUAGCAUGGAAAAUAGAAUAACCGCGCACAGUUUGUUACAAGGAAUUAAUUGUUGAAGUAUUAUGUCAUCCGAAGGUAUUCACUCGUGAGACAUGGAUAACAUCGAACUGUUGUUCUUCGAUACAUUUUCCCAUGACAUUUCAGAGGAAUUGAAUUUGGACUUAGUGCAAUUUCCCAAGCCCGUUUAUAUCAGCGAGGUGAGAAUCAUUCCAUUGGGCGCCAGAGUACAGGCAGACUUUCCGGGAGGGGUGCGACUCGGAGCGACCAAUCCCUCUCAAUUCGAGAUCGAGUUUUUCGUGAACGAUCUCAGCAAACCCGGGGCUUCCACCUUCGAGUUUUUAGGUGGUUUAGAGUACAAGCAGAAUAUCCAUAUCCAGCUGGAAUGCGAGCGGAAACAGAUACCGACGGACGGAUUGGUGUUGCGGGGAUGGUACACCACCAUAACGCUGGCGGUGUACGGUACCCUCACCAAAUCGCUGAACAAUCCCCAGGAAGCCGUCAGCUCAGCGGCCGGCACCACCGCCUGCGUCAGCUCCAUAGAAGAAAAUCCUGAAAAUGCCGUGCAAAUUUCUUCCGAGCAGCAGCCCGAGUGGUAUUACGAGAACCAGCAUCAAACGAAUUUAUCGCAGGAAACAUGCGUAACGGCAACUCCAUCGCCGCAACCGAUCCAGGUGGUGGAACCGUCCAGAACGUCCGCCACGUCGGAGACGGGAAAGGCGGAGCCGAGACAAUGGGAGGAAGAGAACGCGUCCAACGCGGGCGAGAAGCCGUCGAAGCGACCUUUGUCUCCCCCUACCGAAUCCCUGAUCUCCCUGAGCCCCGAGUCUAUCUCCGCCGAGGAGGAGGAGGCGGAGCAGCAGGAGGCUGGCGAGCCGGAAACCGGCGAGCCCUUCGAGCCGAUACUGUCGGACGAGGAUAUAAUGACCGACGAUGUUCCGUCUACCGCUGAAUUCGAGUGCGAGGGGUCGCAGAUCGACGAGAUCUACGCGACGGUGCCGCCUGAUUUGCUGAGCUUGGAGAAGCUGGAGGACUUGGAGGACACCCGCGUGAGCCGCGAGACCUUACUGAAGAUCAGAGAGAUUCUGCAGUCCCUCUCCAAGUCGGUCUCGCACUUCCACAACGCGUCCGGUCAGGAGAAGGAAACGUUCGUUCACAACUGCGAGACUCUGUGCGCCAUACUGGGUCCGUUCGACUCGGACGUGAACGACGUCAACGACUUGACCGACGUCGUCAAUGCCGGUUUGGACAUGGAGCUCGCCAGGGCGCAACCGCAGCCGGCGUACAAGGUGCGCCACGUGAAGGUGGGAGUGCGCCUGGCGGAGGCUCUCUGCCGACUGUCGAAGGGCCCGGAAAUUCUGUUGAAGGUCGAAGCCCCGUAUAAAUUGCUGUCCCUUUGUAUGCGCGAGAACGUGGCGCUACCGGUGAAACUUUCCGCCCUAAGGGCCCUCGACGCCGCGCUGAUCAGCCCGAUAAUCGUGCAGGAAUUUCUGCGGAACAAUUUGUACAGAAACGCGCUAACGAUGCUGGACACGGCGAAGCUGGCCAGGCUGAAGUACGCCCUCAGCUCGCUCUUUCGCAAGGUCCACGUGUACGAGUACCUGGAGGAGACCAAGAGUUUCGACGAGGUCGGCCUGGCGGAGCUGAUGAACGCCUACGUGUGCGCCCCGACGUUGAUGGCGCAGCCCAAGCGUCAAUUGCCAGCUGGCGCCCAGAUGGAAUUCGAACGGGAGCACACCCGCAACCCACGCGCUCAUCUGGUGGCUUAUUUCGAGCACCACAAACUGGCCCAUCAUCUUCUACUGGCGCUCUCCUCCCCCGAUUGCAAUGUGCAAAUGAUCAAGUUAAUCCGCCGCUUCCUCUUGCACCUCUCCAGUACCAAGGAGGGCCUGUUUUACCUGUUGAAGGAGGUCGAAGUAGUUCGACUGAUACUGAAAGCUAUGAAGUACGAGCUGUCGGGCGCCGGGCGUGUUCUAGCGUGGCGUCUCCAGGUCGCGCAGUGCCUGAUUCGCCUGAAACACACUUCCGACUGGACGGUCUUGAAGAGACUGCACUCCUUCCUCAUUUUCCCCGACGGUUUGCGCGCCAUUCUCACGGUUCUACCCGUGGGCGACUUCGUAGACAUUCUCAUCCCCUUCCUGUCGGAUUCCAAUCUCUGCGAAUUCGCCGCCGAGGUGAUAUCCGCCGUUGUCCGUUACUCCGACAGCGUGGAGAUCUUUCAGAGCCGCGCGGAAUUGAUACUGGACAAAGCUCGCGAGCACGUCAUCCUCAGGGACGUGAUAUCGUACCUGACGGUCGCGGCCCAGGCUUCUCAUUGGGAUUACUGCGACGUCUCCCCGUUGGUGACAAUCAUCAGGAAGAACGCCGAGAAGGCCGCGUCGCUUCCCGGUCAGCUGAUCACCGCCUGCAGAAUCUUGCAUUAUCUCGUCUUUCCGUCGAACAGCGACAUCGACCCCUUGGAGCCGUACGUCGAGCUCAAGUACAGGAACGCCCUGACCCAGCUAUUCGCCGCCGACGGCCUCACCGCUCUGGUUGCCGUGAUGGCGAGCGUGUCCGAGUUCUACGAACAGCCGUCCCUUCACCGCGCUGCCCUGACCGGUCGCAGAGGUAUGGCACUGAUCGCCUUGUUGCUUCCCUGCGUGAAGCUGACCAGGGCGCUGCUCGAGCGACUGGUCAAGUGCAUGGCGACGGACUUUAAAGAUCUCACGGCCGUCGUUCCGUUGCUCGGCGUGUAUUCUUUGAUCGAAGCCAUCCCGUCCAACAUAAUGGUACGAAGUCUGUCCGAAGAAAUCGUGGGUACGCUCCUGGUCUUCACCCAAGCCGUUGAUUCCGACGGCUCCGGCAACGUCGCCAAAUCGCUGUGGACUCAGAUGCUCGGCGAGGUUCUGAAGAUGAUCUCCCUCCGUCCCUGCAACUUCGUGCCGGGUUUGAAGCUGCUGACACGCCUGCUGCCGCCUGUCCUGACGCCGAAAGAGAUCACCGCCGAAGACGCGACGAGAAUUCUGGGCCUAAGGAAGCUCUGGUCGGCGCACCUUCAAGCCCAGGCCGCGAAUCUCAUCGAAACCCUUCGGCUACUGUGCACGAGUUGGAACGGCGACGUCCUGCUUCUCCUAUCGACCGUUUGCAAGCAAUUAAGCGACCUGGCGGCACCGACAGCUCUCUUGGUCGGCAGGUGCCUUUUAGAUGGUAUUCUAGCCGCCGCUCCUCUGGAGAACAACGUUCCUAUUCUCGCUCUGAUCAGCGAUCUCGCCAGACAUGCGCCUAUGAAGGCUACUCUGCUGACCUUGACCAGCCCGGCGUCCAGAGCGCAGGUAAAGUCCGAUCAAAAGUAUCCGCCAGUCAUCGAGAUGAUGUGCUCGACUUUGAAAAAUAGCAGCAACGUCAGCGUGCAAUACGAGAUCCUCGGCAUCUUCGAAACUCUGUGCAACUGCAACCUCAGUCUGGUACAGGAGGAUAACGAGCCUUUGGAGAAGAGACUGACGCACUCGGUGCCCAGCAAGGAGCCUCUUCUGUCUAUCCUCGCGGCUCUAAUCGAUAUCCUGGCGAUCAGCACGAAGUACCAGCUGGACAUGAUAGAAAGCACGCUGCACAUCCUCCUGUCCCUCAGCAACCACAAUUACGGUCUGUAUCACGUUAAGAGCUGCCUGGAGAACAACCCCGGCGCCUUGCGCGCGCUACUGGACCACGUGACCAGCUUGGAGGAGUCCGAGACGAACCCCAUCGUGGAUUUGACCGUGACUUUCCUGGAGAAUCUGAUCGCCUCCGACUCGGAAGCGAGGACCUUGCAUCUACGCGCGCAGCAGCUGGCGCUCUUGAUCUCGUGGGAGAAGAACGAUCAUCCCUUGGAGAAGCUGAAACGCGCAGAGGAGCUGACCGAAAUUUUGAGAGCCGCCGAAGAGAAAGAGGAGAAAGAACCUAUCCCGGAGAUGCUCGAGCCUCUGUUGCCCACCCCGGAAGCACUACUGAACCAGUUCUCGCAAAGGUGUCUUUGUACGACUAACAACAGCCCAGCCCGGCUGCCCAAGAAGUUCUCGUUCACGGCGAAUCAAACGCAAGCCGAAGAUACAGUGGACCUGUUGGCACUCGCCACUGAAUUACUGCCCGCCGACUUCAAUCUGUUAGCGGAGGCGCAAAACUUGUGUUCUAAGAUACCUCCCGACGAUGCCACUCAACCUCUGCAAUCAAAACCCCAGGAUGAAGAGCAGGAGAGUAGGGUGGAAAAACAGAUUUCACCGAUGGCCAAGUCGAAGCAGCCGUUUGUGACACCGGUGCGAGGUCGAACACAGUUCGCCAAUUCUCUACGAGGUGGUCCGGUAGGUGGAGGCGUCGGCAGAGGGUCGGAUCCCUUCCGAUCGAGGCCGCCCAACACCUCCAGGCCACCGUCCCUUCACGUGGACGAGUUUGUGGCGCUGGAAACCUGCGGGGCUCAGCCAACCGGCCCCACCGGAUACAAUAAGCUCAACAUCCGCGGAACGUGCCCGUCGCGCGCCAUCAGCAGCGGCACCAGGAGUCGACCUUGGACACAAGAAAUUCGUCCCACGUACCUUCGCUAAUUUAUUACCGUCUAUUACUCUCCUUUCAUUUCGUGUAUGUGUAUAUUUACAAAACAUAUCAAUUAUACCAACAACAAUACAUAAAUUCUUCUCGAAAGGCUGUAUUUUGCAGAAAAGAUAUUUCGUCUUGUAAUGAAA